AUGUCAACAUUCAUGCCUUAAGAUAGCUAGAUAUUUGAUCAACUCGAUAGCAGUAUUGAGGAGAUUGUUUCAUCUUUCAGAGGCUCAUAAAUGAUUAAUCAUGAUCAUGAUAGAUUCAAGUUUGAUUCAGAGUAAUAACAGAAAAGACAACUCACUGACCAAAUAAAGAUGAUUCACGACAACACACCUAAGUCGAGUUUUCUUAAUUCAAACAUGGCAAAAGAACUCAUUUCAAAUAUGGAUAAAUCAAUUAUGAGUAAAUUCCUUGACCAUUUCAAGAGCUCUGUGAAUGACUAAGAGAAAAUGGCUUAAUUAGCAUAGUAGAUGUUAAUAGAGAUGAUAAACAUGAAUUCCAGUUCGGAGGAUGGAGCAAGAAAUGUGAUUGAAGAAACCAAGGGUCAGAUUGGUGCUUCUUAAAGAAGUAUGAAGGAAAGCCAAUUGAUUAUGAUUGAUAAUGAAUCGAAUAUAUAGAAAAGACUUUCAACAAAUACAGGUGAUUCUCAGGAUCAUGCAACUCUUUUGAAUAUAAACAUUAAUAGCUAACUUAAUGAUUUGACAAAUAAUGAAAAUGACAAAACAAUUCUGCUACAAGAUUCAUUCAAGUUAUCAUCUCCUGAUUCAAGGAUUGAUAGAAAUAACCAAAAGCAGACAAAGGGAGAUCUAAUAAACAGUCUAUACUAGUAAGUGCAUAAAGAGUAGGGUGAGGAGGCCUUGAAGUUGGCUAUCUAAAUUAUCAAUAAAACUCCUCUAUCUGAUACUCACAGAUUCGCAAUGUCUUCAACUUAGACAAGCAAGAUAUAGUAGAUGAUGUCAGUUUAAAUCUUAGUUCUAGCUCACUAUUUAAUACUCAAUAAGUCAGAGCUGUUCACUGGCUAUGGCAACUCUAUCCACAAGUAUAAAAAUAUAAUAUUCAACGUGGAGUAAAACUUUCUUAUUAUGGCUGAACUAUAUCUAUAACUUGAUGAAAUAAUACAGUUUUCAACUAAUAACGUCAGCUAUUUGAAUCUAAGGAGAAGGGUCAAUCAGAAACUUGCAAUAAGUAAGAAGUAGAACCUUAUAAGUCAUUUGAAAUAGUCUAUUGAUAUCAUUUCAAUGUGCUUGAAGAAACUUCUAAGAUAGAGCAUUAUUAAAAGUGUGGGAUAUAUUCAGUAAAUGCUAGAAAUCCUAUCUACUUUAGAGAAUUAGACAUAUGAAGAAGCAAGUUAAAGAUUGACACUUGAAAAGGAAAGAUUCAUUAAGAAAAGUAAUGAUCCAUUUGGCCAAAAGAGAUCAGAAGCACAUAUAUCCUCAAGAUCGACAACUCCUAGAGAUCAGUCACUAACUAACAUUACCGCAAAAAAAAUGGUUGGAUCAUUUUCAACAAAUGCUUUAAGUUCCCUUUAACAAUAAUUGUAAAGAGCAGUAAGACAUCAAGAUAGAUCAAACACCCCUAUUUCUGAAAGAAGCAAUAGUAGAACCUAGUCAAAAGCGUUUCAUCAGUCAUAAUUCAAAGCAUCCAGCCAACAAAACAACUUUUAGUCCUCGAUUGCUGAUAAAAAAACUAUGAUAUAUAAUGCUUUAUCUUCUCCAUCACCAAAUAAAUCCAGUUUGGCCUAGAGACGAAGCAGGUCUCCUAACUAAGUAUAAUUCAAAGAAAACAAUGGCUAUAACACUAGUAGUAUAUAGAAGGUCUCAAACAGCAGCAUUACUUAAAACAUGUUUGAUGGAAGAAGACUUUCAAAUAAAUAAGAAAAAUCUCCUCAAAUAAAUUUAUAAGAAUCAAAUUUAAAUAAAACUCAAAGACUUUAAUAUGUAAGUUCAAUGGACAAACUUGGGACGUAGACUACAAACUUUAAUGUAGCAAAACCUCCUUCAAUGCCUGUAACCAUUACCUAUAAUAUAAGAAAUUAGACUUAAACCCUCAAUAAGAAAUCAAGCUAGGGUUCAUUGUAAAGAUCACCAGCUCGAAUAGGUUCUCCAUACAGAGAUCCUUUGAUUAAUAAUGCAUUAAGCAAAAUUGGUAAGAUAGAGCAUUACUAGUUCCUAAAAUAAGCCCAAAAAAAGAUUAACCCAUCGACUUUGGCUUCAUCUAGAAUUCAAGCAUCAUUAAGUAUGAAAAACUUAUAAAAAGAUCCCUCAACUUAGCAAAAUUUAGAAAUAUAUAAUAGAAAACAUUAAAAAUAAUAAAUAUCAGUCAAAGAAAAUUCCUUAAACAAAAGAAUUUAAUAAGAACUACCAGCGGCAAAUAACUAUCUCUCACAAACUUAAAAACUAACUAGUCCCCGAACAAUGUUUUUAAGUUAAUAGCCAUUAAAAUUAUCAAGUAAUAGAACAUUGAAAACUUCGAAUUAAUUCAAUUAAGCCCCACCAGUACUAACCUAUAAUACUUCUAAUUAGGAUAUAACAUUAAUUGAUUAGCAAAGUUAACUACUUAAUGAAAAUCUGUAUCUCGCUAGUCCUAAUAGCAAAAAUGAUAGUGUCUCUUAUAGAGAUGGAAAUAGGACAUAAAAUAUAAGUAAUAACGCAAAUAUUUCCACAAAAAAGAAAUCAAAGAAAAAGAAGAGACCUAUCCCCCUUGUAAAAUCCUCUGAGCCUUUGAGAAAAACUAACAAAGACACUUAAUCCUCGUCAUCAUAAGGUGAUCAAACUAAUAUUAUGUUUGACAUUGUUAUCAAUAAAAACAAGAAUAAUUAGCAAAAAGAAUAAAUCGAAAAGGAAAUAAUGGAAAAGGUUUAGCAAGCUGUUAAUGUAACUAAGAAUAAGUUAAGGCUACAAUAACUUAAUAAUUAUGUUACUAAUUCUGGAAAGUAAAUUGAUAAGGAAGUAAUUUUUAAGAAAACUCCCAUUAAAAUUGCAGACAAUUUGAUGUUUAAUGUUAACAGUGCAGACUCUUCUUUUGACGAUCAUUAUCAAACUUUUGAGAGCAAAACUCCUUAAAAUAGAAAAAAUCUUUAGAUAACCCAAGAUGAAGAAAUUUCAACAGAUAAAAUCACAGAGAGACUAGAAAAUUUAGAUGAAGAUUAUAUUAUUGAGUAAGAAAAUGUGUCAUCUAUGACAGAUCUAACAAGUAAAAAUAUUAUUGGAAUUCAAAUUUCCCUGCCUAUACAUCCUUAUUUACCUCCUAUUAGUUCAAAUAGGGAGUAUACUUUAGUUAUGGAUCUUGAUGAAACUUUGAUCCAUUAUGACGUUGAUGAUUAAGAACAAGAGGGAUUUUAUCUUAUUAGACCAGGAGCACUAAAGUUCUUGUAUGAAAUGAAACAUUUUUUUGAGAUUGUUGUAUUUACAGCAGCAAUACCUGAGUAUGCCGACUGGAUAAUAGAUAGUAUUGAUCCAGAUAAGUGCAUCACUCAUAGAUUAUAUAGACAACAUACAACUCCAUAAAAAGAAUGUGCUUUGAAAGACUUAAGAAAGCUAGGUCGACCUUUAGAAAAGACCAUAAUAGUUGACAAUAUUGAGGAAAAUUAUAAAGAAACUUCCUAUUAUAAUGGGAUAAGAGUUAGGACUUGGAUAGAUGAUAUGGACGAUAGAGUUUUAGAGCUACUAGGUCCAUUUUUGAAACAAAUAGUCCUGAGGAAAAUAUAAGAUAUUAGAGUUUUGUUCCAAAAUUUCAAGCACAAGGUAGAGAAUUCACUUGAUGAAGGUAAUGAAAUUCCAUAAUUUGACCUUAAAGACAUGAUUAAUGUGAAUGAGUAAGUUUGA